AAAACAACAAGCGAAAGUUUCAUUUCAUUUCAGUACGAUUACGAUUUUAUCAUUAUUUUCUUUACUAUUUAGUGUAUACGCAAAAUAAAAACGAAAAAUAUAUUUAUAACGGAUGUAUUUCAAAGCAUUUCUAAUUGUGUAAAGUGUUUAUUUGUAUAAAAAUUUGAAUUUGCUAUCGUGCAUUACGAAAAGAAAAAUACAACAAACAACGUAGAAUUUUUCUUUUGCUGUUAGUUAGUGGAUUAGGGGUGACAAAAGUUUUUGUUUUCAACACCUUAUCCAAACAGCAAAAGAAAUAUUUCUGCCUUUCCCGAUAGUUCAGCUAAGUGCAGUCGCUUGAAUUAGUAAACUACGGCAGUGGAGCUUAUACAAUGUCGACAGGCAAUAAUAAUGCUGCCACAAAAGAUGACCGUAAACCAAAUGUAACUGAUGAACCUGGUACUGUGGUAACACGACGCAGGCUAAGUGGGGGUGAAGAUUCGCGUUGUGAAAGUGACGAAGAAUUUGUAAGUCCCCAUAGUAAUACAGCUGCCUCCAGGCAAUCUUAUAAGGAAGCCAUGAAUACGCCCCUAUCAGAAGGUGUGGGACCAAAUGGUAGUGGUUUUACUGAAAUGCCUGCCUCAUCUACCUGCAUUGAGGGAGUCUCUCCCAUGGCCAUGUACAAUGAGGAACGCAUGAGACGUAAAUUACAAUUUUAUUUCAUGAAUCCCAUAGAAAAAUGGCAAGCCAGACGAAAAUUUCCCUACAAAUUUGUGGUUCAGAUUGUCAAAAUCAUAUUGGUGACCAUGCAACUGUGUCUUUUUGCUCACUCACGUUACAAUCAUAUUAACUACACCUGGGAUAAUCGUAUUGCCUUUUCACAUCUUUUUCUACGUGGUUGGGAUUCAUCGCGGGAGGUAGAAUCCUAUCCGCCCUCCGUAGGACCAUUUGCCCUCUAUGAGAAAACGGAAUUUUUUGAAACUAUAGAUUAUGCCUUAAAUGGUUAUGCUGCCAUGAAUCGUUCCAUUGGUCCCUACGACUAUCCCACUCAAGACAAUAGUAUGGCUCCUUUAAAAUUAUGUUUAUACAAUUAUCGUGAAGGCACCAUAUUUGGUUUUAAUGAAUCCUAUAUUUUUAAUCCACAAAUCGAAUUGGUAUGUGAACUAUUGCCCUCCAAUGUAACGGCUAUAGGAGUGGAGAAAUAUCUCAUAGAAAGAGGAGUAGAAGUGAGUUUCUCUUCUCUAGUUAAAGCCACUCUAAAAUUUGCCAUCAAAACUGUCAACUUUAAAGCAUAUGGUGGUCCUUUGUCUGCACCUGAUUGUUUUAAAUUCGAUAUAACUAUAUUCUUCGAUAAUAGAGAUCAUGAUGGUCAAAUGUUAUUAUCUUUGGAUGCAGAUGCUACACGUUUGCAUUGUAAGGGUGAUGUGGAUUUUAUAUCAGAUGCUGAAUUUGAUGCCAUUUUAAGAUCAGUAUUGAAUAUAUUUGUGCUGUUGGUGUGUUUGCUGUCAUUUGCUUUGUGUGCUCGGGCUUUAUAUAGAGCCUAUUUGUUAAGAUGUGCCACUGUGAGCUUUUUCCGUAGUCAUUUCAAUAAGGAAUUAAGUUUUGAGGGAAGACUAGAGUUUGUUAACUUUUGGUACAUAAUGAUUUUAUUCAAUGAUGUUUUAUUGAUCUUGGGUUCUGCCUUAAAAGAACAAAUCGAACGUAAAUUAUAUGUAGUGGAUCAAUGGGAUACUUGCUCUUUGUUCCUGGGUGUCGGUAAUCUUUUGGUGUGGUUUGGUGUUUUACGUUAUUUGGGAUUCUUUAAAACGUAUAAUGUGGUGAUUUUGACUUUGAAAAAAGCUGCUCCUAAAAUAUUCCGCUUCCUGGUAGCUGCCCUUUUAAUCUACGCCGGCUUUGCUUUUUGCGGUUGGCUUAUAUUGGGUCCAUAUCACAUGAAAUUCCGUUCUUUAGCUACCACAUCUGAGUGUUUGUUCUCUUUGAUCAAUGGUGAUGAUAUGUUUGCCACUUUCGCCACCAUGUCUUCAAAAUCCAGUUGGUUGUGGUGGUUCUCGCAAAUUUACCUAUAUUCGUUUACCUCUUUGUAUAUAUAUGUAGUGCUUUCGCUAUUCAUCUCUGUCAUAAUGGAUGCUUAUGACACCAUCAAACGUUACUAUCGUGAUGGUUUUCCCGUAUCCGAUCUAAAAGAAUUUGUAGGCACUCGCACCGAAGAGGAUCUUACUUCGGGUGUAUUUAUGAAUAAUAUGGAUGAUUUCGAUAACAGCAGUUUCUUAGAUGUGAUGCGCAAAGUCUGCUGCUGUGGCUGUUGUCCUAGUUCAAGAUCAAACCAGGCUACUGGUCCCACAGGUUAUACCACCCUGACAAGUAUUAUUAAAUGAAUACAAGUGAUUUUUGUUUUCGAUUUUUUGUGUAUGUAAUUUAAAUGUACACUGUUGUGUUAUUAUUUAGUUAAUUGUGUUAAAUUUUUCUUCUGUUUUUAUAGCUUAUUUGUUUAAAAGUAAGAACAUGCUUUUGUUAAAUUUAAUUACUAAUUAGUUUUAAGGUUUGAUAUUAACCUUCCUGUAAAUGUAAAAAAACAAACAAGCUAACAAAACUAUUUGCUUCACAAAUAUAUUAGCCAAAGGAUCUUGAAAUAUUUUUCGAAUACUUUUUUGAGAAAAAUAUAAAUUUAUUUAUUAGUUAAUAGUGAAUAAAACAAUAAUAUUAUAUUAAAAAUGUAUGUUUUCUGAAAAAAUGUUGAUAAAAUUUCACAUACAAAUAAAAUAUUUAUAAAGAUGUA